AUGGCGCCGAAGAAGAAGCCUGCACACGGCCGCAAGGCCAAGGGCGUCAUGCAAGGCGCUCAUCGUCCUCCAAAGGAGGUCUCUGGUGCAGCCGGCUCGCGCGGUCCGUCUGAGCCCUCGUCACGAUCGGAAGCACCACACUACGAGGCUGUCGGCGGCGAGUGGGUGGUGUGCCAAAAGCAGGCGCGCAGUCAGCGAGCUGAAGCCGUUCAAAAGGCCUCUCGCGCGUCUACCGUCCAAAAGGCGCGGCAGCCCGCCGCAGCCGCCGCCUCCAAGGCUGGGCAGACCGCCUCCGCUUGCGUUCGCCAACCCGGCUACGGCAAAGGACUCGCAGCUGACUAG